AUUGACAGCACGCAAAUGUCCACAAAAGGAACCACAGCGUAAAAUAGCCGGAGCAAAUUAGGUGUGACACCUAUCGGAAGUAAACAUACAUGUUCUACUCUAACCUCCGGCGUCAGCUUUAUGUACUCAAGCAACAAUGACCUCCGUGCAAUAUUUACGGCACUUUGUUAAUGAGCGACUCACUGCUGCCGCUGCGGAAAUAUUUGAUGUGUUCGAAAGAACCAUCGUCGAGUACCAGGAGGAGCUUCGGCGUCAGCGUCAAAUGGUGGACACCCUCAGCAACUCCCAAAUAAAGUUGCACAGCAUAGGAGUCCAGCAUGAGGACAACGAGCAGCUUUGCACUGAACAGCUUUAUAAGCAAGAGUUAGAGCAACAUGAAGCAGAACCCCUGCUGGAUGUGACCUCCAGGCAUGAAUUACAUAUAGAAACACAGCAAGUUGACAAGGAUCAGCAACUUUGUUGGCCAGAGAAAAAUUCCAUGGCUGACCAAGAGGAACCCGAACAUCAACAGAUUAAAGAGGAACCUGGCACCAGUCACCAGGAUGAAGAACUUGAUCCUUUCUUUUCCAUUCCCGUUAUUGACGAUCAUCACAAGAGAGGGGAUGCGAUCGUGUACUCCAGUCCUGGUCAGAGUCCAUCAGAAGAUGUGAAUGCUCGCAGUGAGAUGAUCAGAAAGUCAUUCAGGUGUGACUGUUGCGGGAAAAUGUUUGGUUUUCGGUGCAAGUUAAAAAGACAUAUGAUGACUCACACAGGAGUGAAGCCAUUCUCCUGCAAAACAUGCGGGAAGGGAUUUAACCAGACGUCCAACCUGAAAAGACACUUAAUGAUCCACACGGACGAGAAGCCGUACGCCUGCAAAACCUGCGGAAAGCACUUCCGGAACACACACGAAGUCAUCACGCACGCCAGAACUCACACCGGCGAGAAACCAUACCCUUGCAGCACGUGCGGGAAGAAUUUUGCUCAGCUGUCCAUCCUCAAGAGACAUGCCAUGGUGCACACCGGGGUGAAGCCCUUCCUCUGCAACACUUGCGGGAGAAGUUUCGGCGACUUGUCGGUGCUUAAAAGGCACGUGAUGGUGCACACGGGAGAGAAGCCGUACGUAUGUGACUUUUGCGGGAGGAGAUUCCGCGCUAACAGCAACUUGAGGAUCCACAGGAAGAGGGUGCACGCGGCGGAAGAGACCGAGUGCUUAGACACUUGAGAUUGGAGGAAAUUGUUUUUAAACAGGUGGUAAAAAAUGGUCGCAAUAUUUAUUAUUUGAUGACGAGUAUACUUCUCAAUAUAUUUCUGUCAUGUUAAAGCUUGGUAACAAUUUUGCUGACACAAAACCACCAGGAUUUGGCAGCGAAUAUCAAAAGUGGGCAGUGGUGGAACUAACACCCUCACAUUUGGUAUGUUACAUAACAAAACUAGUUUUUGCUGUAACUUGUGACGUAACGCGUUACAUUUUCUCAUUCUAGAACAGCCCUAUGGCACGUUAUUCGAUCUGUCAUUUUUACAGAUGUUUCUUCUGUUCUCUGAGAGAGAGAGAGAGAGAGCGUUGUAUGUGGUGUUCUCUGUUGAGAGCUUUGUGCUCUCAUACCAGCCUUGGUAGGGGUGUGACAAUGUAUCGAAAAGGUAUCGCCAAACGUUGUAGCCCGAAAGUAUUUUGAUAUGCUUCCACCAAGAAUCAAUAUAUCGUUUUAAAAAAGUGUCUCUGUUGGAGGGGGAAAAAAAGGAACCAACAGGUUGUUCCCAAAAUCUUUCAUUAGAAUAGUGUCUACGUUAGCUCACUGGCGGCCAUUGGCGACGCUAGACAUCCAAUUCAUUUUGACUGGAUUGGAUGUCCAGUGCCACUAAUUGCACUAAAACCAGAGCAUUCACAACCAGUCUUUCGUGGACGUUAACAGGUCCUUUCCUGAUCAUUUUAGAGUAUUUACAGGUUACUUCUUGUUGAUUUUAAGUCACUUCCUAGUCAUUUAGGGACAUUCAUGGGUCUCUUUCUUUUCAGUAACUCAAAAUCAACAGGAAGUCACCCGUAAAUGCUUCAAAAUCAACAGGAAAUGACCCCCAAAUGCCCUGAAAUCAGAAGGAAGUGACCUGUAAAUGCCCUAAAAAGAAAAGACAGUGACCAAAAAUCAACAAGAAAUGACGUGAAAUGCACGAUGUUAGGGUAAGCCAAUCAGAGACAGUUUGAAAGAGUAGGGUCGGUCUUGCUAAUAUGGCUUUUCUAAACAUAGACACACAAACCCAGUUUACGAACACACCCAAAACUCCGGUUGAACCAACACUAGAUCACGCUGGAUUAGCAAGUAUGCGUGACACUGAGAGUGGACGCUUCUCUGGGUGGAAAUUCUUUUUUUCUCAUAUUAUUAUAUUUAAAGUAAAAUAACUUAAAGUAGUUACUUUCAUAAUUGAAUAACUAGAAAAGUAAUUACUUUUUCCAGAGAAGUAAAUAUAACUCUUCUUUUCAAAAGUACCUUGAACACAGGAGGUAGGUAGAGUAGCCGAAAACUUUACUCAAGUAAGAGUAGCGCUACUUCAAAAUAAAAGCAGUCAUCCAAAAACAAUUAGUCAAGUACAAGUAAAAAAAAAAAGUAUUUUGUGGAAAGACGACAUGAGUAACUGCUUAUGUCAGAUUUUUUUUUUUUAUCUGUUAUAAUUUUUCUCAGCACAACAUCAUAUUUAUGAACUGUUAUUAUUAUACCUAAUGACCACGUCAGGCCAGAAAUUUACACAAAAACCAUUAAAUUCAGACUUGAAAAAUGUACAGAAUUGAAACCUCACCAGUCCCUUCCAAAGAGCAUGAGUGGCCUCUAGUGGUUUAAAAAAUAUCUGUAAUAAAUCCUACCAUCAAAUUAAAAGGAACAUUUCUCUGGUUUUCUUGUAGUCAAUCGGUGACAAAAUAAAAUUGGGAGAGAGGCUGGAAUCCACACAUUCGAGUAAAGUUGACUCUAUGUCGAAUAGUUUAAUUGUUAUGGUGCUAUAAAGACGCAACGUGAUUGAACAGGCCAGCAGGAUCAUAUGACUUCUGAAUGCAAGCUUGUGUGUGAUCAUGUGACUGUAUUGUUAUGCUUGAUUUGUAUUAUGAAGUCAUGCAAUUAUUUUUGUCUCAUUUGUGAAUCUGUAAAAUCUAAUAUAGAGUUAAGAGAAAUAAAGUAACAACUCCAGAGUAGCCCAAAGUACCAGAGAAAGAGUAGCGUUUCUUCACAAAUCUACUCAAGUAAAAAGUAUGGUGUGGCAAAACUACUUUUAGAGGUACAUUUUCUCUUUUUAACAGAAUAAAUGUAAUGUAUUACUACCCACCUCUGGCGAUACACUAUUGACGAUGUUAUUAUAACCUAGUUUUUGUCCACAUGAGAAGGUUUAGGGAGAAAUUUGUGCGUUUUAAUGAACAUACAUAACCAAGUUCUGCUACUGAUUACUAAAGAAAGGAAAAAGGUAUAAUCCUGCUUUUUUUCUGGGUAAAACAAAACAUUUUAUUGGUAGAAUUGCUGUGCGUGUAUAUUUACUCUGUGGGUUCAGUGAACUUCUCAUGUAAAGUCAUGGAUGCUUUGAAUUUGUCACGUCAUGAUCAUAAAAACUCUUGGGUCACAACAUUCCCAAAUGUUGCUGUUCGUUUUUUUUUUUUUUUUUUUUAUUGAUAACAUAGGGUCAUCAUGAAGGGUGUGACAAUAUCUCGAAAAAGGUGAUAUGCUCCCGCUAAGAGUCGAUAUGUCGUUUUAAAAAAAGUGCCAGUUUUUUUUUUUUUUUUGGUCAAAAAAAGAAUAGGUUGCGACCAAUAUCUUCCAUUAGAAUAGUGUCUAUGUUACCUCAACGUCUAACAUUGACGGCACUUGGCAUCAAAUUCAUUUUGACCGGAUUGGACAUCUAGCGGCAUUAAUGGCCCUAAAGCCAGAGCAUUGUAAAUUUGAGGGAUGGCAGCAAAUUGAGGAAUGUUCAAUCGUUACCCACUUCCAACGGAUUAGACGUCUACUCGUGAUAAACUGAGUGGGAUUCACAGCAGAAGGAUGAAAAGCGCUUUUUUUUCUGUUCAUGAAUUGUAUUGUAGAAUGAUUUCCUGCAUUGAUACUUCUUCUUCUGUUGAAUUCCGGCAGACUCGAUGCCUACUGGCACAUCGCUGCCUUUCUCACUGGGGCUAAAUCACGUAAUGACGUUUAUAUCCAUCUCAGCCCAGUGGCAACUAGAAAGUCCGCCUUCCCGCAUUGAUAAGUGCUGUAUCGCCAUAUUGUGAGAUCGUUAUCAUGUGCCUUGUAUGGCAAAUCGUAUCAUAUCGUGAGGUACCCACCCCUAGGCAUCAUUCAGUGGUUGAAAAUAAUAAGUCCAUUUAGACCAGGGGUGGGCAAACUGGUCCUCAAGGGCCGGAGUGGGUCCUAGUCUUUGU